AUGAUGCUAAGGAUUAAGAGGGUUCCUACUGUGGUUUCCAACUACCAAAAGGAAGAGGCGGAGGACGUUGGGGCUCGCCAAGCGACUGGCUGUGGACGCAAUUGCCUCAGGAGCUGCUGCCUUCCAGGUUCGAAGCUGCCAUUGUAUGCCUUUAAGAAGGCGGAUGAGGUUGUUAGUGGAAAGAGUCUUGUUAGAACCGUGAAAAAUGAAGCUCCAAUGGACUUUCUGAAUUCUCUUCUUCUCGGGGAGUGGGAGGAUCGCAUGAAGAGAGGACUCUUUCGCUAUGAUGUCACUGCUUGCGAAACCAAGGUAAUUCCUGGGGAGUAUGGAUUUAUUGCGCAGCUGAAUGAGGGCAGACAUCUCAAGAAGAGGCCAACAGAGUUUCGUGUCGACAAGGUCCUUCAGCCCUUUGAUGAGAACAAGUUCAACUUCACUAAAGUCGGGCAAGAGGAGGUCCUGUUUCAGUUUGAGGCCAGUGAAGAUGACCAAGUUCACUUCUUUCCAAAUGCGCCCAUUGAUACAGAGAGUUCGCCUAGCGUUGUUGCCAUUAAUGUUAGUCCAAUUGAAUACGGACAUGUGUUGCUUGUUCCUCAAAUUCUCGAGCGCUUACCACAGCGGAUUGAUCGAGACAGCUUCUUGCUGGCUCUCCAGAUGGCUAAAGAAGCUGGGAAUCCCUACUUCCGAUUGGGUUACAACAGCUUGGGUGCUUUUGCCACCAUCAAUCACCUUCACUUUCAAGCUUACUACUUAGCAGCACCUUUCCCCAUUGAGAGGGCCCCUUCCAAGAAGAUAACCACCACGGGUGGUGGGGUCAGAAUUUCUGAUAUUCUCAAUUAUCCAGUCAGAGGUCUGGUUUUCGAGGGUGGAAAUUCUCUACAAGAUCUGUCCAAUGUUGUCUCGGAUUCUUGCAUUUGCCUGCAGGAGAACAACAUACCCUACAAUGUGCUCAUUGCUGAUUCUGGCAAACGAAUUUUCCUCUUCCCACAGUGCUAUGCAGAAAAACAAGCCCUAGGGGAAGUGAGCCCUGAGUUACUCGACACUCAAGUCAAUCCAGCAGUUUGGGAGAUUAGUGGACACAUGGUACUGAAACGAAAGGAGGAUUAUGAAGGGGCGUCUGAGGAAAAUGCAUGGAAGCUCCUAGCUGAGGUUUCAUUGUCCGAGGAGAGGCUCGAAGAAGUGAAGGAGCUUAUAUUUGAAGUCAUUUGCUGCAAAGUGAAGGAGGAAAUUGUUGGUCCUACUACUAUGGAGGAGGAUCCAGAUGGGACGUCUGAGUCUCGUGAAGACUUAGAUGCCCUCAAGGGCCUCCAGCCAGCCUUGGUGCCUGUGUAG